UUAAUCGUCACAUUUCUUACGCGAGCUUCCCUCUGCGUCUUCUGGCCUUCGGUUCGAACAAAUUCACCUUCUUCCAUAUCCGAUCUCAGGUAUUUCAUUUUCUUCGCUCCAUCUUCAGUCUGUUUUCUGGUAGCUGACGAAGUAACCAACAUUGCUUCUUUCCGCUUGUAUGAGUGCCACGGCUGAGUGUAUCUUACUUUCUAGGUAGACCAUAGAGAAAUGAAUUCAGCCGUGCAGAGAACGCCGAAAAGCACGAGACAAUCAUUGUUUUUCCAGGAUUUAGGUACGCCGGUUUCUUCUCGGAAGUCCUCUGGAAGAUAUACCACACCAGGUCAGGCAGCGGCUGUUUCGGCUCUAUGGCGAGAGAAUUUCUCAAAUACCGAUCUCCCACCUCCACCUGUGUUCACGCUUGAAGACCGAUCUGAUUGCUCUCCGGAAUCUGGAAUUCCGGAAUAUCCUAUGUCGUCGGAGGGUAAAUCAGACCCUAGAACGCCGAUUCAGAGUGCGGGUAGGGAUUUUUGGACUCCUAGGAGCAAAAAGCCCGAUGCAAGUAAUGGACAUGUUUUAACUGAAAACAGAGAGCAGAAUCAGAGUCAAAACAGUGGCAUUGCGAGCUCGAGUUGGUGGUCACCUGCUAAGGGUGGGCAUAGUGUUGAGCCAGAUGAUAAGGGAAAGGGUUCCCCUGUGGAAGGCGUGGUUCAGCCUGGUGCUUUGAUAACACUACCUCCACCCAGGGAAGUUGCAAGGCCGGAGAUGAAGAUGAAUUCUAUACCCUUUGGUAACUUGGAUGAGGAAGAGUGGGUUACAGUUUAUGGGUUUUCUCCAGCUGACACCAAUUUAGUUCUGCGAGAGUUUGAAAAGUGUGGUCUUAUCUUAAGACACAUUCCUGGUCCUCGUGGUGCUAAUUGGAUGCACAUUCUAUACCAGAAUCAUGCUGAUGCUCAGAAAGCUCUUAGUAAAAACGGG